AUGGUGUUAAUGAUUGCGGGUUUGAGUGACGGAGAUAGAGGACGUAGGACACCGUAUGUGAUUGUUCGUUGUGAGCGUGGGGGCCAUUAUGUUAGCAAGAAGGUACCAGGUGAAGAUGAUCAAAGACCGGGAAAAAGGAGCACCGGUUCAAAGAAAUGCAAUUGUCCGUUUAAAUUGAAGGGGACAAGAGAACACAAAGAUGAUGAAAAGGGUGAGUGGAAAUUGGAUGUUUAUAGUGGUAUUCACAACCACAACUUAUUUGAAAACUUGCACGGACACUCUUAUGCUGGAAGAUUAUCAAAGGAGCAGGUUUCCUUUGUUCACACUAUGAAGAAAGCAAUGGUGAAACCAAGGGCAAUUCUAAGAGCAUUGAAGGAAAAGGACCCGUCUAAUGUAACUGGUAUGAAGACAGUUUACAAUACUAUCUCUAAGUUAAAUUUCAGUGAAUUGGAUGGGAGAUCUCAAUUGCAAUCAUUGUUCGUCAAGUUGAAAGAAGAUGAAUACCUCUCGUACCAUAGAUCGAACGAGUUGAAUGCGAUUACCUCUCUCAUGGUCACUUUGCUAAAUUUAGCCUUCAACCAUUCCAACUUCACCGCUUUCUUCUCGUCUACAUCGUCCGGGUACUCACCAAGCAACUCGAACAUCAAACUAUUGGGCUUCGUUUUGGAAUCACGGAUCAGACGCUCGCAAGACACGGUACGCCCAACAACUGGCAAACCGACCAACGUACUCACAUCAUCAAGUGUGAUGGUCAUCUCUCCAACGGGUAAAUGA